CUGACAGUGGGGCUCCGUCUGCUUGUGGAACAGAAACGGAAGCGCGCGAUUAUUGAGUAAAUGUAGUUAAUUUUAACACCGCGUUUGAAGCGAUCUCCAGAUUUACGCUCAACUUUCGAGCAGUUUUUUUUCUUUUGCACUUCCGAAAAUAAAACUCUGACUGCCUCCCCUUUUAAACUGGGCAGCUAACCGCCGUCACGCGCACUUAGCUCGCAAGCUACAUAACAAGUUAGCUAGCCCGACGAUCGACGAAUCAAGUUCCUGGAAACGUCUCGGGAGCAGGUGGCGUAAACUAACGUCAGAUAAACUUGCGUCUCCGCUGCGGAUAGACAAUUGAGACCCAACGGUUCACGAUAAUAAUGCAAACAACGAAACUCGCAUUUGUUUACAAGCUAACUAAAACGUUAGCUGGCGAUUUAUGAAUACCAACGUUAAGCGCGCGGCAGCAUCACUGCCGAGCUUUUUAACCACGUUGGCUUCACGUUAUUGUGGAAUACCAAAUUAUUUUUUCUCGUCGACGUUAUCUUUAGGCACGUCGCAGUUUUUGAUAACGUUAGCUUCGUGACGUUAGCUCCGAGCACUGACAGGUCGAGCUGUGUCCGCUGCCCCUCUUCACGCUGCUCGAUGAGACGGGACGGGUAGCAGCGAGAGAGACGGGAGACACGACCAGAGGGGGAAGCCAGGCGAUGACAGCACUGCAAGACACGGAAGAUGCCAGUGAAACAGACCUUGCCAAGCACGACGAGGAUGACUAUGUUGAAAUCAAAGAGCAAAUGUACCAAGACAAACUGGCCUCUCUGAAAAGACAGUUGCAGCAAUUACAAGAAGGUACGCUGCAGGAGUAUCAGAAGAGGAUGAAGAAGCUCGACCAGCAGUACAAAGAGAGACUCCGAAACGCCGAUCUGUUUCUACAACUAGAAACGGAGCAGGUGGAGAGGAACUACAUCAAGGAGAAGAAGGCGGCGGUGAAAGAGUUCGACGAUAAAAAGGUUGAGCUGAAGGAAAACCUAAUCGCAGAGUUGGAGGAGAAGAAGAAGAUGAUCGAGAAUGAAAAAUUAACUAUGGAGCUGACGGGCGACUCGAUGGAGGUAAAACCGAUCAUGACUCGGAAGCUGAGGAGACGGCCCAACGAUCCGGUCCCAAUACCAGACAAACGGAGAAAACCUGCACCAGCUCAGCUAAAUUAUUUGUUAACAGACGACCAGAUAAUGGAAGAUUUAAGAACACUUAAUAAGCUUAAAUCACCAAAACGGCCAGGUGUUUCUCCCUCUCCGGUGUCCCCCUCGUCCCCAGAGCACGUCCCUUCCACUCCCAUCGAGAGCCCCUCCCAGCGCUACGAGGCCCGCAUCGAGGAGGGGAAGCUCUACUACGACAAAAGAUGGUACCACAAGAGCCAGGCCAUCUAUCUGGAGUCAAAGGACAACACAAAGAUUAGCUGUGUCAUCAGCUCAGUGGGGACCAACGAGAUUUGGGUGAGGAAGACGAGUGACAGUACAAAGAUGAGGAUCUACCUGGGACAGCUGCAGAGGGGAGCGUUUGUCAUCCGACGACGGUCGGCUGCGUGAAAAUAUUAACACCCCCCCCCCCCCCCCCCCCCCUCUGUUCAUUCAUCCAUCCAUCCGCCCACUUUCUUCAUCCUCCGGUUUCCCCCGAUUUGCUGCAUCUCACAUGCGGCGUUGUGUUCUUCCUCGUCGUCACCCUCCAUUACGCAAACAUACACGUCUUCCGUGGCCAAGAAUAACAUCUCAACAUCUCACCAGAUUGGGUCUGUUCCCCCCCCCCCCCCCCCCCCAACAUAAACCAAAUGAUAAUCCAGUAGAAGUGGGAUCUGACUGUCUCUCCGGCAUUAUUUGUCACUAUGUGGCUCGUGUGUGAAGGCAGUCGGUGGUCAUUAAAGAGCCAAAUCUUUUCCACGGCGUUCUGUCCUCCUUUACCUUCAACCGCUAAGUUAUUGUUUACUUCGACAGCCUCGCGUUGACCCACAGGAACUGUCUUUCACACUCGAGGGGAAAUGAAGAUGUUGUAGCUGCUGCAGGUUUUUGGAUGAUUGUCAUAAAUCACUCGUCAGUUUCCGUAAAAACCAGAAGUCACGUCAUUUUUUUUAAACUGUGCCUCUUUUUUCUUUUUUUUUUGUCAACGGGGAAACUGCUGCUUGACACGUUUGUCCUAAAAAACAUGUUUAAAAAUCCUCCUGUAUAAAAACCCUACUUUCUUCUUUUUUUAAAAAAAUAUUAUUAUUAUUUGGAAAAAAGAAGUGUCAUUUCUUUGCCAUUUUGUGUGAUCCCCUCCGUAUGCGAACGAUCUGAACGACUGUAUUUGCAAUGUGGAGCACCGAGUUGACUGUUGAUUUGUACCGUUACAUUUUAUUAAAAUGUUUUCUGCAUUUUA